AUGGUGAACGAUGGUUUUCGUUUGAAUCCAGCGAGGGAUAUGAACUUGUCAACGACCUGUUCUUCCUCCCGAAGCUACAGCGGCAGGCCAGCACUGGGCCUGAGGCCGGCGGCCGGAGGACCUGAGAAGCGUCGGCCGGCGGCGGCGGGGUGCGACCUCUUCUCCGGGAAGUGGGUCUAUGACGAGGCCUCUUACCCUCUCUAUGGCGAGCAGGGAUGCCCCUACAUGUCGGAUCAGCUCGCCUGCACCAAGCACGGAAGACCGGACAGGGAUUACCAGAGCUGGCGGUGGCAGCCUCACCAGUGCGACCUCAAGAGGUAAGGCGCCCUGUCCUCUGCUACAACGAUUUGCCCUCCACGACGAUGGUUUACGGUGGAAGCCCGAGUUCAAGAUCAUUUUGGCAAAGUCUAGAUAUAUAUAUUGACUUGCAAGCGGCCUCCUUUUUCUGUGCCGUGUAUGCAAAAAAAAAGGUGGAAUGCGACAGAAAUGCUGGAGAAACUUAGGGGCAAGAGGCUGAUGUUCGUGGGCGAUUCCCUGAACAGAGGUCAGUGGAUAUCCAUGGUGUGCCUGCUGCAGUCUGUGAUCCCUGAUGGGAAGAAGUCCAUGUCACCCAACGCCCCCCUGACCAUUUUCAGGGCAGAGGUGAGCUGAAGAAGCUUACCCAUCAAAAUUAUCAUCUUCUGUGGCUAUAAUCCUCUGGUUUCCUGGCAGGAAUACAACGCCUCCGUCGAGUUCUACUGGGCGCCGCUUCUUGUGGAGUCAAACUCCGACGACCCGGUGAAUCACAGACUGGAGCACAGGAUCAUCAACCCCAGGUCGCUCAUGAAGCAUGCUGCGCAGUGGGAGAAGGCGGACAUCCUGGUCUUCAACUCCUAUUUAUGGUGGAGAAGCGGUUCCAAGAUAAAGCUAAUGUGGGCGUCACUGAAUCCUCAUGGAGGAGUAGGAAGAACAGGUUCUGAUGUCUCUUCUCCCCUUGGAUGGUGGCGAUGCAGGUGGAACCUUGAAGAGGGAGCUUGCGAGGAUGCAGAGGGACUUGAAGGCAUGGCGGUGGCAUUGAACACAUGGGCAAAGUGGGUUGACUCUAGAGUUGACUCAUUGAGGAAGCGGGUGUUCUUCGUCACCAUGUCACCUACACAUUUCUCGUGAGUCUCAGAUACGUUUGAUUAGCUAUCCGUUUAUGACACUCCUUCAGGAUUUUAUGGUCUUUCUUCGGAAAUUGGUUUAUCCGGUAGAUGAUAAGUUUUAGAAAAAAAGAUGGAUAAAUCUUAGAACCCUAACCAUGCUGCCCAUUUCCUCAUUUGCAGGAGCUGGGAGUGGAAGGCUGGCAGUGAAGGCAACUGCUUUGGGGAGAAGGCUCCCAUUGAUGUCCAGGGCUACUGGGGAAGUGGGUCAGACAUUGAUACUAUGGAUAUCGUCAGGACAGUGAUGAACAAGUUGGCCCGGCAGGUGACGGUUCUGAACAUCACCCAGUUAUCAGAGUACCGGAAAGAUGGGCAUCCUUCUAUCUAUAGGAAAUUCUGGGAGACCUUCUCACCAGAGCAGCUGGCUAGUCCAUCAAGCUAUGCUGAUUGUAUACACUGGUGCUUGCCUGGUGUGCCGGACACUUGGAACGAGCUACUUUUCAGCCUCCUCUGA